AACAAACAAAAGAUCGAGCUUACCUACACUGCUUGUCGAGGUCUAGUUUUAAUUUAGUUUGUAUUAUUAAUUGUAUGUUAUGUUAGACAGUCGCAUAGAACGUCUCUAUUAUAUUCUGGAUGGCUUUUGUUGACUAUCAUUGUAGUUUACUUGCGCUGUGUAUGUUCGCUAACGUCAGCUAGCCUUUGCGCUUUGCCAACCUGGGCCAGGGCUGUUUGCUGCUAGCUUAACAAAAGGAAAGAAAACAUUGUUGUGGUAGCCUGUUAACCGUUUUUACUACGCUAUAUCGGAUACUAGUAAAUAGCUGUCCAGCUAAAGUUAGCUGGCAGACUGGUGGUAUCUUAGGAAGGAAUCUAAUCGCAAUGUCAGGACCGUCAUCGGGCUGUGGGUUUCUGAUGUCGGUUGUUGUUCACGGGGAUUCAGCUCUUAACGAGCAAGGAAAGGAGCUCAAUCAACGGCUCAGACGACUUUAUCCGGCCGUCAACGAACAAGAAACCCCGCUACCCAGAUCUUGGAGCCCAAAGGACAAAUUCAGUUACAUCGGACUCUCUCAGAACAAUCUCCGGGUUCAUUAUAAAGGUCAUGGAAAGACCCCUAAGGACGCUGCAUCUGUACGCGCAACCCAUCCCAUUCCAGCUGCCUGUGGAGUUUACUACUUUGAGGUGAAAAUCAUCAGUAAAGGACGAGAUGGGUACAUGGGUAUUGGUCUCUCAGCUCAGGGUGUCAACAUGAACAGACUCCCAGGUUGGGACAAACACUCUUAUGGUUACCAUGGAGAUGACGGCCACUCCUUCUGCUCCUCGGGCACUGGACAGCCCUAUGGCCCGACUUUCACAACAGGAGAUGUGAUUGGCUGCUGCGUGAACCUCAUUAACAACACCUGUUUCUACACAAAGAAUGGCCACAGUCUAGGUAUAGCUUUCACAGAUCUACCGCCCAACCUAUACCCAACAGUUGGUCUCCAGACCCCUGGGGAAGUAGUGGAUGCUAACUUCGGGCAACAUCCAUUUGUUUAUGACAUUGAGGAUUACAUGCGUGAGUGGAGAACCAAGAUUCAGGCACAGAUUGACCGAUUCCCCAUCGGGGAACGAGAGGGAGAAUGGCAGGCCAUGAUUCAGAAGAUGGUGGCCUCUUACCUGGUCCAUCACAGCUACUGUGCCACCGCUGAGGCCUUUGCCAAAUCCACAGACCAGGCCGUGCAUGAGGAGCUGGCCUCCAUCAAAAACAGACAAAAAAUCCAGAAGCUGGUUCUUUCAGGCAGAAUGGGAGAAGCUAUAGAGACCACUCAACAGCUCUACCCCAACCUUUUAGAAAGAAACCCUGACCUUCUCUUCAUGUUAAAAGUCAGACAGUUUAUUGAGAUGGUGAAUGGAACAGACAGUGAAGUUCGAUGCCUUGGUGGGAGGAGCCCUAAAUCCCAGGACAGCUACCUUGGGUCGCCCCGCCCCUUCAGCAGCCCCACCCACAAAGCCAGCAGCUCCCAGGCCUAUCUGACAGGUUUUGAUAGUAACUGCUGUAACGGAAUGCCAUCCAGCGAAGGCCAUUCUUCAGCUUACAGCCACAAGCCGUGUCCUCCAACACUGCCCAGCACAGAUCUCAGCAUCCUCAACGGCAGCCGGAGUCAACGGCCCAACCCCGGCAGUAACGAUGUGGAGAUGGAGGUGGAUCAUUUCACUAACGGCGUGUCUGAGUCCUCCUCAAAUGGGUUUCUGAACGGAAGUUCCACACACCAGCCAGAACAGGACGACUGUGAUGCAGAGAUGGAAGUGGAGUCAGCCCAAGCCAAGAGGCAGCUAUGUGGGGGCAGCCAAGCAGCCAUUGAGAGAAUGAUUCACUUUGGCCGUGAGCUCCAAAGCAUGAGCGAACACCUUCGCCGCGAGCGCGGGAAAAACUCGGCCAAUAAGAAGAUGCUUAAGGAUGCGUUCAGUCUGCUGGCAUACUCAGAUCCAUGGAACAGCCCAGUGGGGUACCAGCUGGACUCUAUCCAGAGAGAGCCAGUCUGUUCCACACUCAACAGUGCAAUACUAGAGACUCACAACCUGCCGAAACAGCCUCCCCUGGCCCAGGCAGUGGCACAGGCUGCCCAGUGUCUGUCCCUCAUGGCCCGCACGGGCAUCGGAUCCUGUGCUUUCGCCUCGGUGGACGAUUACCUGCACUAACCCCCGGACAAACCUUUCCCCCUUUUAACAACCACCAAAACCGACCCACGUCAACGUCAUCAUCGUCGUCGUCAUCAUCAUCAUCAUCGUCCCAGUCUAGUUCAAAGACCAGCCCAAACGCGGCGGCCCGAUCCCCGCCCCCGAGAAAAAUCCGUUUUAGCCGGAUUCACCCCGCUCUGGCUCUACACGACCUUUUUCACCUAGUCUGCCUGAAGUUUAAAAAAACAAAACAAAAAUACAUUCAUCUGGAGAAGGAUGUCCCC